UUUGUUAUCUGGAAAUUCUCAUCCUAUUGAAAUUCUACCUCCUACCACUAAAGGUGCAGAAUGGGACUCACUUAAAGUGGAUUUUGAUACUUUUCAAUGACAGAUCCCAACUCCUUUUUCUUUUUAUCACCUCCACAGAGAACAUGGUUAAGUAAAAGACUUUAUUUUUCUGCAGGUUUGGACAAUGUUCUAUUUUAAGUUAAAAAGGGCAGGAUUCCCUUAUAAACUCAAACACCCAAGGUAGACUAUUUACUGGAAGAAGACUAAUCUUAACUCAUUGUAUUAUUAUUUUUUUUUAAUCUAGUCUGCUCCACUUUGCACAGAAUUUGUUAUACACUAGUGGAACCGGAGUGAGUUCUUCUAGUUGGGUUGUCCUCAUUACAAACUCAUCUAGCAAAGUAGUGUCCUGUCUUAGUGCCCCCAGUAAGAGAGAGAUAUGCAGUUACAAUGAAUCUAUUCUGAUAUGGGAGGGUCUCCUUAUGUUUGUGAUCCCUGAUGGUCCUGGCCAGGCUCUGGGAGAGCCUUGGAUCUCAGUCUGUGACUCUCCCCCACCUAAGCUCCCUCUGCACUAGGAUGUUGCGGAAGGUUCUGCAUAGGGGGCUGAGAACGUGCUUUUCGAGGCUAGGAUUUUUUAUUGCCAGCCAUCCAGUAUUUUUUGUGUCAGCCCCAGUGCUGAUCUCUAUCUUGCUAGGGGCCAGUUUUAGCAGGUACAAGGUUGAGGAAAAUAUCGAGUAUUUGCUGGCCCCUAAACACAGCCUGGCAAAGAUAGAAAGGAAUCUUGUGGAUAGUCUGUUCCCAGUGAAUCGUUCCAAACAUCGUCUGUAUUCAGAUCUUCAAACACCUGGACGGUACGGCAGAGUUAUCAUCACAUCUUCUAGGAGAGCAAACAUGCUGGACCAGCAUCACACAGAUCUUAUUCUCAAGUUGCAUUCUGCGGUGAAAAAGAUUCAAGUCCACAGACCGGGUUUUAAUUAUACAUUUGCCCACAUUUGCAUGUUGGGCAACACGAAGACCUGCAUAGUGGAUGAUAUAAUCCAUAUCUUGGAGGAACUGAAGGCUGCUCGAUCGCUAAACCGAACAAAUUUUGUUAUCACCUAUCCUAUCACACAAUUAAAAGAUGGCAGGGAAGUAUAUAAUGGCCACCAACUGGGAGGUGUCACAGUUCACAGCAAAGAUCGCGUGAAGUCUGCUGAGGCCAUUCAGCUUACGUAUUAUCUUCAGGCCAUCAACACUCUUAAUGAAGUGGUGGCUGAAAAGUGGGAAUCAUUAUUUUGUGAGACUGUGGAAAGCUUCCAGAGAUUAAAUAGGGAAAUCAAAAUGUACCCUUUCACAUCUUCAUCUUUAGGGGAAGAUUUUCAAAAAACAAGCAGGGUUUCAGAGCGUUACCUGAUUACGAGCCUUGUCUUGGUUGUCUUGUUGGCCAUACUCUGUAGCUCCAUGCAGGAUUGCGUUCGGAGCAAACCUUGGCUUGGUCUCCUUGGAUUAGUGACUGUCGGCCUUUCUACACUAACUGCGGCUGGGAUCAUCAAUCUGACAGGCGGAAAGUACAACUCUACCUUCCUGGGGAUUCCAUUUAUCAUGCUAGGUCAUGGCUUAUAUGGAACAUUCGAAAUGUUAUCUUCUUGGAGGAAAACCAGAGAAGAUCAACAUGUGAAAGAGAGAAUAGCUGUUGUGUACGCAGACACUAUGAUUUCCUAUUCUCUGACCACAGCCAUGUAUUUAGUCACCUUUGGGAUUGGCGCCAGUCCCUUCACAAACAUUGAAGCAGCAAGAAUAUUUUGCCGCAAUUCAUGCAUAGCAAUCUUUUUCAACUACCUCUAUGUACUAUCAUUCUAUGGCUCUAGCCUUGUGUUUACUGGGUACAUCGAGAACAACUACCAGCACAGUAUCUUCUGCAGAAAGGUGCCAAAGCCUGAAAUACUACAAGUCAAGUCUUUGUGGUAUAGAUUUCUUAUGACUGCAAAGUUUAGUGAAGACACAGCAGACUCAGACGAAACAAACUCUUAUGAAAGUCAUUUAUUAGUUUGUUUUCUCAAGCGUUAUUACUGUGAUUGGAUUACGAACACAUAUGUAAAGCCUUUUGUAGUUCUAUUUUACCUUGUUUAUAUUUCCUUUGCCUUAAUGGGCUACCUGCAGGUCAAUGAAGGGUCUGAUCUGAGUAACAUUGUAGCAACUGAGACACGAACCAUAACAUACACAACUGUACAGCAAAAGUAUUUCAGUAACUACAGCCCGGUUAUUGGAUUCUACAUCUAUGAAUCAAUAGAAUACUGGAAUACAAGUGUCCAGGAGGAUGUACUGCAGUACACUAAAGGCUUUGUGAGGAUAUCCUGGUUUGAAAGUUACUUAAACUAUCUUAGAAAACUUAACAUGUCCACUGGAUUGCCAAAAAAGAACUUCACAGACAUACUGAGAUAUUCCUUUCUGAAAAACCCACAGUAUGCCCAUUUUUCUGAAGAUAUCAUCAUACCCAAAAAAUACAACAAUGAAGUAGACGUUGUAGCAUCCAGGAUGUUUCUGGUGGCUAAAACCAUGGAAACAAACAGGGAAGAACUUUAUGAUCUCCUUGAGACAUUAAGGAAACUUUCACUAACCUCCAAAGUAAAAUUCAUUGUCUUCAACCCAUCUUUUGUCUACAUGGAUAGAUAUGCUACUUCAGUAGGAGCUCCUUUGCAGAACUCAUGCAUAAGUGCUUUGUUUCUAUUGUUUUUCUCUUCAUUCCUUGUUGCAAGUUCUAUCAUUAACAUCUGGAUAACCUUAACUGUCGCCUCAGUUGAAUUUGGAGUCAUUGGGUUCAUGACAUUGUGGAAAGUUGAGUUGGACUGUAUUUCUGUACUUUGUCUAAUUUAUGGAAUUAACUACACAAUAGAUAACUGUGCACCAUUAAUAUCAACAUUUAUACUUGGAAAAGAAUUUACAAGGACCAAGUGGGUUAAAACUUCACUGGAAAUACACGGGGUGGCUAUUUUACAGAGCUACCUCUGUUAUACUGUUGGUCUGAUCCCUCUCGCAGCUGUGCCUUCCAAUUUGACCCGUACACUGUUCAGGUGCUUGUUUUUAAUAGCAUUUGUAACAUUCUUUCACUGCUUUGCUAUUUUGCCUGUCAUACUGACAUUUGUUCCACCAUCAAAGAAAAAGAGGAAAGAGAAAAAAAAUCCAGAAAACCGAGAGGAGAUUGAGUGUGUUGAAAUGGUGGACUUGGACAGCACCCGAGUAGUUGACCAAAUUACAACUGUAUGAUUAUAAUUUCUUUUUUUUCAUUUUACAUGUUAUGUUUCACCUUAGGUCUUACUAAGAAAGUGUUUUGAUGGAACCUCUGAUCUGUAUGGGUAAGGAAUCUAAAAAACAAAAAUUAUAUCCAAUACAACCCAUUAGAUGGAUGUUCCAAAAACUUACAUUUAGCCUCAAUAGAAAGAGAGACAGAUGUAACACUGAAUUACACUCAGUUGCAAAUGUAGUGCUAGUAUAAUGUUAGUCGCCAAAAUCAACUUUUUAAAUGGGAAGUACACCACACAUUCACUGCCAUAAAUAGUACAGGAAUUGAUAUCACUUUGAACAUAUUCAUAUGAACAACUUUUGAUAACUGAAUAUUUUCCCCAGUUAUUCAUUUAUUUUCUGUCUAUAAAUAAAGUUUUGAAGAGAGGAAA